CCCUGAUUGUGUUUGGCAUCGGUCUCAUAUCACACAGCAGGCAAAAUCUCGGGAGCCUCGAGGGAGGGAUUCUUCGACCCUUCACGGAUGAUCGGCAACACGUACGCCUUCAUCGACACGACCCCAGAUAUAUAAAUAAUCACAGACACACACACACACGAAUGAGUGAGUGGGUGGAUGGCUGCGUGCAGGACGAUUGUGGCGGUCCUUGGUGGCUAUAGGCUGAUCCGAAAGGUCUUUCCCAUCAGAUCUGCAUCGGCCCGGGGCCACGACCUCGCCAUCAUGACGGCCAUCCUCAGCUUGCUGGGGCUAGUCAACGCCUUCCAUGGACGAUACUCGCUUCGCGAAGGGGAGCUACUGGACCCCUUCCACUUGUGUGAGAAGCUCGGCAACUGUGGUCAAGAUUUUUCCUGGAUGCUAGGGUGCGGCCACUUCUCCUGAGCAGAAAUGAGAAGAGAGGCGGUGUCGCCCACAAUUGGUCGUACAGCUGCUGCACUGAAUGGCUGAAUGGCAGUGUGUCUGUCUGUGUGCUGUGUGUCUGUGUGUGUGCAUAUCUUAAGUGUGGUAGCCUUUUGGACGGUUGUGAAGGGCAACAGCUUCAACGCUGGCUGUGUGACGGUGUCCUUCUACAUCAGCCUUAUCGUCGCCGACCUCAUCACGCCACACCAGCACGGCUUCUGGCACAGAGUCACCACUGCUGCGAGUAAGCACACACAACACAGGAGGCGCACAAAAGCUCGCCUCCGCUAUGUGUGUAUGUGUGACGGCGUGGGUGCGGUGCAGUGAUGACGAUGCUGCUGAUAUGGGCCAGCAUAACGCUUGUCGGGGGGUUUCAUUCACUUAUUCACUCACGCCCAGUCAAUAGAUAUUUCUUGCAUGUGUGUGUGUCACCGCGUCAAUAGGAGCGCAAGUCCAGGGAAGUCAUCUGUGACAAGAGCCGCUUGCAGAAAAUGACAGAGGAACGAGACAAGUAACUUAUGUCAUCACGGAGACACGGCCACGGGGGGGAUGGGCUGUGCACUCACUCGUCAAUCGGUCAGGCUGAUGAAGGCGCAGCACGCCACCUUCGCCAAGAUAACGCACGUGAGUGAGUUGACGCACAGACUGCUCUGCACUGCACUGCAUUGUGUGCGCACAUUGGGGUGUGGUGUGGUGUGGUGUGGUGGGUGCGUGUGCUAUGAGCAGGACCUGCGGACACCUUUGAACGGUUCGUCAAUGUCAGGCCGACAAAGGUAACUGUUCUGGUGGCCUUCUUGGUGGUCUCAGGCAUCAUCAACUCUGCGGACUUCCUGCGACACGACCUGGAAGAAGAAAUCAAGCUAAAAUCGGAACACCCAAGUAUAGCACGCCAUACCAGCUGCCUCACUCACUCACUCACUCACUCACCGUACACACCAAUCCAAUCUCCCUCUCUCUGUUUCUUUCUCUCGUUUGUUUUGUGGUGUGUGGAUGACUGCCUGGCCUGGAUGAUGCAGUAUUCGCCUACGUGGACAUCAUGUCGAGUGCCGGCGAGUACAUGCUGCUCCUCACCAACAACCUCCUCGAGAUCUCGAGGCUGACGGCCAAGCAGCAGCGGCACAACAGCGGCCUCAGGGAAAACACAGACCGGUUGGCGCUGCCCCCGUCUGCAUCCUUCCAGGAGCGGUGCUGCGGACUCUGCCGCACUAGGAAGGCCGCCACUGGUGCGCCCGACCGCCGUCUCUCGGAUGACGGCUCGUUGCGCGGAGUCAAGGGCCACCACGUGGCGGCCUUGACCGACAUAUUCGACCUUCACAAUGACUGGUUGGAUCUCCGCGCGGCGUUGCGCAAGGUCGGCGGGCGGGCGGGCGGGCGGAUGCACACACUGAGACACACACAUACAUACACAAGGAUGCACGAGGAUGGUGUAUUUCUUGUUGUGCCCUUGUGCGUCAAGGUCUUCCACCUGCACAUACGUAGGUGGCGUGAGCAGAGAGAAAGCACAUGCAUGCAUGUCAGGAAAUAGCGCCCACCGGAGGGUCUGAUGAGUGUGUGUGUUGUGGGUGGAUGGAUGGAUGGGUGCAGCAACGACGCGGCUGAAGAAGAUAUCCUACCAGCUGCCGUCUCUGUCGCACCUGCCGCUGCUCAUCUACGCAGACGGGGUGCGCAUCCAGCAGGCGGCAAAUAACCUCUUGUCCAACGCAGUCAAAAUGACAGAUAAAGGUCCGUGGCGAAUCCAGGAGACAAAGGGAAUGGAUGGAUGGAUGUGUGCUUGUGUGUUUGUGUGUCUGUGUGUGUGGAUGGUUGGAUGACAGGUUCAGUGUGUGUGUCGGUCAGUGCCACAGCUGUCCCUGAUCCCACGGUGGGUCGGUGAGACCGGCCAGCCAGCUUAGAGCCCAUCCUGUAUGUAUGUAUGUAUGUGUGUAUGUAUGUAUGCAGGAGGCCCAGCCGCCCCCGUUCGAGUACUGUAAGGACCCCACGUACGACAUGGACUCCCUCAAAGUCUACGACAUCGAAAUACGAAUCACCGACUCGGUAUACAUGUAUACACACUACCUAGCCAUCCGUCCAUUGCGUCUAUCCACAGACAAGCACACAACACAGGGAGGGACACCAGAAAUGGAUCGAUGAGGCAGAGACCUGCUGUGCUGUGCUGUCUCCUCCCCGGUGUGUGGUUUUGGUGGAAUACGUGCAGGGUCGCGGAAUACCGAAGGUAUUUAGAAGGCACCUAUGUCGUGACAUAUAUGCGGGGGCACCUCUGUGCACGUCAUCCAUCCCCAUACAUACAUGUGUGUAUGUGUAGGAGAAGCUCUCGUCGCUGUUCAAGGAGUUCCGGCAGGUGAACGCCAAGGACGCCCUCAUCGGGACUGGGCUGGGCCUCUCGAGUACGCUACACUACACAGGCAGAUUGACACGUACAUGGAUAGAUGGAUGUGUGUGUGUGUGUGUGUGCUGUUGGUCCGUCAGUAGCCAAGAUGGUCUGUCAAGCAAUGGGGGGCGACUGCUGGCUAGAGGUGAGCCCCUACACACCCACACCCACACCCACAGUGCGAUUGUGAGUGGGUGGACAUGGCGCAAUCGAUUGGUGAUGCAUGCAGUCGGAGGGAGUCAACAAAGGCACGACGGCCAUCCUGUCAUUCAAGUGCUACGGCGUCUUCGAGGCCUCGUCAACCGCUGCGGCUAACAAGAAUCGGGAGAGGUUCUCGCCCUACACGCAGAGGCGCAACCUCAAACACGACGCAAACCUGAUCGACAAACUCAUGGCCGACAUACACAGGCUCAAUAUACAUCUCAUUCUCGCGGUCAGUCUCCCUCGCGCCAGCGGAUUGUCCCUCCCGCUGUGCCCUUCUGUGUGUGUGUGUGUGUGUGUGUGGUGAUAGGAUGAUGACUUCAUCAAUCGGCAGUGCGUGGCGUCGAUUCUCAAAAAGAUGGGGGUCGCGGAGACGUCCAUGACGUGGGCACUGAACGGCGUGGAACUUGUCGACGCCGUCAAGGAGAGACUCCGCACCCACAACACGUACAAAGCUCUAGCUGGUCCACAAAGGGACACACACACACACACACACACACAGGGAUAGACAGAGAGAGAGAGACAACCAUCGAUGAAUGUCUGAAGGUGCUGCAUUUGUGUGUGUCUUUUGUCAGCCCCGUGUUUGUGUUGACGGAUCUCGAGAUGCCCGAGCCGGAUGGCGUGGCGUCCGCACGGUGCAUCCGGGAGCACCUGGAGGAGAGGCAGCGGACAGUCGAGGGCCGGACACCCCCCUUCUUCAUGUCUCUCUGCACCGCACAGAGCAAAGAGGUCCGUUGGCCACAGAGAGAGAGGGGGACGUGCAGUCUAGUCACUCAGUCAAGGUGGUGUGUCUCUGUAUGUGCAGAAUGUGAUAGCGAAUCACCCGGAAGCGCCCGGCUUGUUUGACACCGCAUUUGUGGAGAAGCCGGUGUCGAGAUGGGUGGGCGCGGAAAGUUCGCUGAUGGUCUUCCUUUCUUCGUUCGUUGCUUGGCCGGUUGGUUGGCUGCUGUUGCGUGCAGGUGCUGAAGGAGCUGAUGGAGCGGUUCGUGUCGCAGAUCGACUUCAUGGCCACCAUGGUGGACCACCCCACUUAGCGAUCGAUGUGUGGCUGAUGUGUCGUGUUGGGUUGUGCUGUGUGCAUGCGGAAGUGAGACGGUAAGGCUUGGCGUUGGUUUGUGACAUACACACAUACAUAUCUCAUCCAGCUGUUCGACGGUCCUCCAGCUGGCAUUAUGUCGCAAUCCCAUCC